CGGAAGGGGCCUGUAGAGUUCAGUGUUAUUAAAUGUGGUUGUAAGAUCAAGUUCUAUAACACAGUCAAUCAGCACAGUCCUGACCAACAUGGCUAACAAAGCAGUUUGCGUCCUCAAAGGCACAGGAGAAGUAACUGGCACAGUUUACUUUGAGCAGCAGGGUGAAGGUGCAGUGACAGUAACCGGAGAGAUCAACGGCCUGACCCCUGGCCUGCAUGGCUUUCACGUCCAUGCCUUUGGAGACAACACAAAUGGGUGCAUCAGUGCCGGACCCCACUACAACCCCUUCAAUAAGACCCAUGGAGGCCCAGAUGAUGAGAACAGGCAUGUUGGAGAUCUGGGUAAUGUGACUGCUGGGUCUGAUGGAGUUGCUCAUAUCAGCAUUGUGGACAAACAUUUGUCACUGACAGGGGCUUACUCUAUCAUCGGGAGGACCAUGGUGAUUCAUGAGAAGGAGGAUGACUUGGGCAAAGGCAAGAAUGAAGAAAGUCUCAAAACGGGCAAUGCAGGAGCACGUCUUGCUUGUGGCGUGAUUGGCAUCGCUGAGUGAAGCAAGUUUUAACACUGGAACCACUCAGCUUUUUGUGACCAACGUUGAUGCCCCAACUAAGCAACUAAGCCUGUCAAGAUAAACUUUAUUUUUGCAGAAAUUCAUAGAAAAGUGUAGAAAGGUCAUACAGUUUCUGUUGAAGUGGUGUUUCAUUCCAUUGUUUUCAUUGAAUUUGCAUUAUCUAAUUAAAGUUUGUUCUGUACUACUAGA